AUGAAUAAGAAAAGACACUUUCUGGAGCAACCAGAGGUCAAAGAUUACCUGGUCAAAGGAGAGAGAUUUACAAAAUGGUCAGAGGACUCCACCAAGACUGUUCCUGUCACCAUGAAGAUGGAUCCGAAAGGCUUUUAUGUCUACUGGAUCAACCAAAGCAAGGAAACAACGUUCCUGGAUGUUGCUACUAUCAGAGAUACCAGAACAGGGAAAUAUGCAAAACUUCCCAAACACCCCAAGGUUCGCAACGUGUUCAACCUGGACUUCCCAGACAGCAACCAUCUUGCCAAAAUAUUUACCAUCGUCUCAGGUCCAGACACCGUGAAUCUGACCUAUCACAACUUCUUUGCCUCUAAGGAGAAAGUGACACAGAACUGGGCAAAUGACAUUCUUGCAAUUGCCUACAACGCUGCAAGAAACAAUGCGUGUAGACAGGUCUUCCUGGAGAAAAUAUACAUGCGCCUUUCUCUUCACACCAACAAGGACGGCAAGAUCCCAGUGAAAAACAUUUACAAGAUGUUCCCUGCGGAUAAGAAGAGAGUGGAAAGUGCCUUAGCAUCAGCACACCUCCCAAAAGGAAAGUAUGAUACCAUAAAGCCUGAUGUCUUCACCGAGACUGCCUUCAAGGCCUUUUUGUCAAAUCUCUGCCCUCGGCCUGAGAUUUAUGAGAUUUUCACUUCCUACUCCAACAAACCCACCAUGACAAAGGAGAAUUUCACCAAGUUCCUCAACGAGAAACAGAGGGACUCUCGACUCAACGAGGAGCUGUUUCCACGUCUGCGGCAGGACCAGAUCAAGGCUCUGAUUGACAAAUAUGAACCCUGCUCCUCUAAUUCAAACAGAAGUCUGAUUUCUCCAGAAGGCCUCUUGUUCUUCCUGAUGGGGCCGGAGACAUCAGUUGUCAUGCAGGACCGACUGGCCAAGUGUGACGACAUGAGCCAACCCAUACCCCAUUACUUCAUCAAGUCCUCCCACAACACAUACCUGACAGCUGGUCAGUUCUCUGGCGUGUCCUCUCCUGAGAUGUACCGUCAGUGUCUGCUAUCUGGCUGCCGCUGUCUGGAGUUGGACUGUUGGAAGGGCAAACCUCCAGAUGAAGAGCCCAUCAUUACCCACGGGUUCACCAUGACGACUGAGAUCCUUUUCAAGGAUGUGAUUGAGGCCAUUGCUGAAAGUGCCUUCAAGACCUCACAGUAUCCCAUAAUCCUUUCAUUCGAGAACCAUGUUGACUCGGUAAAACAGCAGGAGAAGAUGGCAAACUACUGCAAAACCAUAUUUGGUGAUGCCCUGCUAACAGAGCCACUGGACAAAUACCCUCUGAAGCCAGGCCAGCAGAUCCCCAGCCCAUCUGAGCUCAUGGGCAAGAUCCUCAUCAUGAACAAGAAGGGUAGCCAUGAAAAGCCAGCCCAGACUAAAAAAGCCAUCACAGCAGCCACUGAACAGACCACAACCACAACCACAGCUGCACCUGCCCCCGACCCAAACACCCCUUCACAGGAUCCUGCCAACCCAGCCCCCAGCCCCCAGGAGAAUCAAGAGGGGGAAGCAGCUGUGGAAGACAACGAGGAGCAAGAGGAGACAGAUGAACAGGAUGAGGAGAAAAUGAAGACAUCAGAUGAGGGCACAGCUGGACAAGAAGUAACAGCGUAUGAGGCAAUGUCAUCCCUGGUCAACUACAUCCAGCCCAACAAAUUCAUUUCUUUUGACAAUGCCAGGAAGAAAAACAAGAGUUACGUCAUCUCAUCUUUUGUGGAGACCAAAGGGGAGGCAAUGAUUGCCAAGACUGCCGUUGAAUUCGUCGAAUACAAUAAGAGGCAGAUGAGCAGGAUUUACCCCAAAGGAACAAGAAUGGACUCAUCCAAUUACAGCCCUCAGCCUUUUUGGAACGUGGGCUGCCAGAUGGUGGCGCUCAACUACCAGACGAUGGAUUUCCCCAUGCAGCUGAACAUGGCUCUGUUUGAAUUCAAUGGCAGAACGGGCUACCUGCUCAAGCACGAUGUUCUGCGUCGCAGUGACAAGAAGUUUGACCCUUUCUGUGACAGGAUUGACACAGUUGUGGCAAGCACACUGACCAUAAAGAUCUAUUCGGGACAGUUUCUGUCAGAGAAGAACGUGAAAACGGGAGUCGAGGUGGAGGUGAUUGGAUUGCCAGGAGACCCUAAGAAGAAAUAUCGCACCAAGUGGUCCACCACACCCAACGCCAUUAACCCAGUGUGGAAUGAGGAGCCUUUUGUUUUUGAGAAGAUCCUGCUCCCAGAAAUGGCCUCUCUAAGAAUUGUAGUCCACGAAGAGAACGGUAAAUUCUUAGGACACAGGAUCAUUCCACUUGAUGCCAUCCAAUCAGGUUUCCAACACAUCUGCCUGCGCAGUGAGAGCAACAUGCCGCUCACUCUGCCUGCUCUCUUUGUGUACAUUGAGGUCAAGGACUACAUCCCUGCUGCCUUUGCAGAUUUCACAGAUGCCUUAUUUAACCCAACAAAGGGCACAGAGAAGACCACAAAGACUCCAAAGGAGUCAUCCUCCGACUACAUUUCUCCCUAUGAGUUGCCUCUUGUGGCCCAAACCCCCACGGACAAAGCCAAGGAAAAUGAAGCCCCUGCUGCAGAAGCGGCAGCAACCGAACCUAAACCACCAGUUGAAACCAAAGACGAAACAUCUCAGUCUCCACCAGAAGCAAAUGCAGAAGAAGCUAAAGAAGAGGCUGAGAACAAAACUGACACUCCACAACCUGAAGCAGAACCUCCUCAAGCUCCUGCCGCCACUCCUGCUGAAGAUCCAGCCCCAGAUGCAGAAAGCACCACAUCUGAAACCCUUCCUGAAGCCAUACCUCACCCUGAAGAGGCAGCUACUGAAGAGGCAACCCCUGAGAAGGAAGUGGUUUCAGAGCCAGAAGCAGCUCCUGAAACCAAAGAGGAGCCGGUUAAUGACUCCACUCCAAACCCUGAGCCUGCCUCAGAUGAUAAACCAGGCACAGAAGCUGUCAGUGCUGCUGAAGAGCCUGCCGCUGCGGUUGUUCCCUGUCCAUCAAGUACAUCACCCGAAUCUGCAGGUCCAGAUGACUCAUCUCAGCCGCCGACAUGCAGCGAGGAGCCUUCAACUGUGACUACUGAAGAACUGACACAGCACAAGAACUAUCUGAAGGUCAUCAAGCGUCAGGAGAAAGAGAUGAAGGAAACAGAAAAGAAGUAUCAGAAAAAAGGAGAGGAUCUGAUUCAGAAAUACUCUGACUCCUUCAAGGCCCUCAAGAAGAAGACCUCGGUGAAGAAAAAAGACGGAGGGGGAAACACCCCUGACUCCAGUGUAAAGAUGGACCAGGUGAAGGAUCAGAAGGAAAAAAUGCAGGUUGAGCUGCACACUUUGUGGACAGAGCAGUGUGAUCAGCUGAAGAAGAAGAAAGAGCAGUGCGCUACAGAGAGGCUGGCCAAACUGUUGGAGAUGGCUACAGAGAGACACACCAGUGAACUGAAGACCCUGGAGAGUGAAACCAAAGAAAAUAAGAAGAAAACAGUCUCCAAACGUUCAUCCUCAGAGAAAGCAAAGCUGAAAAAGGCAAUGAGCACAGAGCUGUUGGACGAGACUAGUCAGUCUGAUGGUGUACAGUCUUCAGAUUACAGCUCACAGCAAGAGGCGCUGAUGAAGAAACAGGCUGCUACACUGGAGGAAAUCAAGACCCUGCCUAAUCAGCUCAAUCAGGAGGCCCUGAAAGAGCACGAGCAGAAAUUGAGGUCUCUUCCAGCAGAGGUGAGGGAGGCUGUCAAUGUGUGUGUCGGGGCUCACUUUCCUGAACUGGUUGAUCAGGCUGGAGACAAGAAGGUGGAUGGAGUGGGCUUCUAUGGAGAUGUCUUCCUGGGUUAGAUGUGAUCCCUGGCCCUUCAGUGUAACCCUGUCCUAACUUUUCCCCACUCUUAUAUCUUUUUUAGACCUGUUACAUAACCUACAAUCGGAGCAUAACUAUGGAACAGUAGAAGAGUUUUCAAUUAGGGAAGCUCUGUGUGAAAUUUCAAUUUAGAGGUGCUAUUCAUAGAGAGAGUUAUUUUGAGAGUUUUAAACAAUAAUGAUGUUUUCAUGGAUGUCCUGUAGAGCAAAAAGUUAGGUAAUUCAGACAUAAUUUUCAUUUUCGCUUUUACUCUUUAUUUAUCUUCCUUUUGACUAAUGAAAAAUACUCUAAUACAGUGACAAAUAUCUUCCAGAUGAAAGUCCAUCACCAAAAGCCUUAGUUUGGUACUCACAGUCCCCUUUCUGUCCUCUUAAUGAGUUAAAAAAUUGGAAUAAAUGUAGCACAAAAAAUGUAGCAGCAAGAAGGGUUAUCAGAGUGUGCAGGCUGAAUCGAGACAAUGACUCCAUCUGUCACGCAUGUUGUGUGAUACUCAGUGAAGCCACAGCAAAGCAUUCACUCUGAGAUUUAAGUGGGUUGUUAAGAACAUUUUGCAGAAACAAGUGUCCUCUAGAGCCAUGGUGAUGGAAAUAGACCAAUAUUCCUUUUGCAGUAA